AUGGCUACUAGUUAUAAAGCAGUUGUUGUUCAUGGAGAUAGACAGAAUGGUGAUCGCAGAGUUGGUCAACAAAACCGGUACCAAGGUCAUAGAGGUGGUGAUAAAGGUAAAGGUAUUGCUAAGGAACCACAAGGAGAUGUGAGAAUGGAAGGUUCUUUUCACCCUUAUCGUGAGAAAGGCUCCAGGGGUCACAAGGCGACACAAUAUGGUAAUAAAAGGCCUGGGAAUCAUUCCAGGGGAUCGAAACAAGCUCAUAGUAAUGGAGGGCAUCAAGUUAUGGAAAACCCAGAGAAACUAACGAUCGAUGCUUUCAGAGGAGUUGACGGAUCACCUCCAAUGGAAAGGUUUCAAACAGACAAAGAUGCUGGUGGUGGUACUUCAUCAAAGGCUCGUAAAGCUCUGCUCUUUGAGGAGGAGGCACCAGGGGUUGUAGUGGAAGCUCAGCAUCUCGAGAAUGAGAUAAUACCAGUGGAAAACUUCAAUGGAGAUCACGUAGAGGAAGCAGGAAGUGACAAAGUUGUGGAGGUGCAAACGCAGUCAAAUGGGAAUGGAGUUGACUUGAUGGCGGAAGGGGAGAUGAUGUCGGAUUCAGAGCUUAUCAUGGAGGAUGGAGAGUUGGAAGGUUGGGAACAAGGUGCUGAAACGAAUUUCAUGGAGGACAAUAAUAUGGUUAAUAAUGACCAAGCUCUUGCAGACUUGGAGAUCGCUAAUGAUCAUCCCCAAACAACCUUGGAAGCGAAAAAUUUGGGAGACACAAGCAAGGGAAUGGACGGCAAGUUAAAGGCAAAGAAUGGUACUGUGGAUGCAGGAGGCCCUUCUAAGAAAAGAAGUGCUUCAGUGUUUGCUUCACCUCGCAAGAAGUUGUUGGCACAAGCUACUGCUAAGGUAGGUGAGAAAGGCUCCAGGAAGGUUACUGGUAAGCCUAAGAUUCCACCUCAAAGUCAAAACCCUAUUAAUUAUUAUCGGUUGUGGAGAAGAGCCGCCAAUGUAAUCACCAUCCCUGAUCGUAUCUAUCUCUCCACCUUCUUCCUUCCACCAUUUGUGCUCUCUCUUGCUCAUCACAUGUGUCACUCUUUCUCCUCCUCCUUUUGUUCACGUGCUGGUGUGUUUGAUUACGGAGGGGACGUGACGCAUACACCGUUGAUGAUCACCACCAGUCACUACUCUUCAUCGCAUGUCCAUGGAUCACCGCUGCGGAGCCGUAGUUCACACCAGAGGAUCUACUCCGGUCACCAGUGA